AGGGCGCAACUCGAAUAGGUAGGCAUUUAUAGUAUCGGAAUUGGCAUUUCGCGAUACGUCCUUCUCUAAUGUAACUAGUUUUAUCUGUUAUUACUUUUUUCUUAUUAUUUUACAUUAACAUACUUUUAUUUUGUAAAUAAUAUUUUCCAAAUUACUUCAUCAUUAAGCUGAUAUGCAAUUGUGUGAUAUUAUAAAAGAUUACAAAACAUAUUGCGCUCGCGAUGCCAGGCGCAAAAUAUGAACAGCUGUCGUUGAAUGCCGACGCCGAUGAAGAUGUUUUAUCGAAUAAAACUAAGGCAAAAUGGUCUGACGUGUGUUUCCAAAAAAGUCUUCUGUCUCUAGGAUUAAUACUUCUAUAUUUUUCUCUGUCUAUCGGAUUGACCUUCUAUCAAAGAUGGCUUUUGAAGGAUUUUCACUAUCCUUUGACAGUGGUGAUGUACCACCUAAUUGUCAAAUGGGUGCUCUCAGUUUUUGUCAGGAUGAUUAUGCGCUUGAUAACUGGUAUGCCUCAACUCUUGUUGCCAUUUAUGACCUGUUUGAAAUCGGUUGGCCCUACGGGUUUGGCUAGCGGCAUUGAUGUUGGAUUCUCUAAUUGGGGCCUUGAACUUGUAACCAUAUCUCUGUACACCAUGACUAAAUCUACCACUAUCAUAUUUAUUCUCGGAUUUGCUAUUCUUCUGGGAUUAGAAAAGAAGUCAUGGUCAUUAGUCGGCAUUGUCCUGAUGAUAGCAGCUGGUCUGAUUAUGUUCACAUAUAAAGCAACCCAGUUCAAUUUGUUGGGUUUUAAUUUCCUACUUUUGGCUUCAUUCGCUGCGGGGCUAAGAUGGACUUUUGCUCAGUUGUUAAUGCAGAAAUCGAAACUUGGACUCCACAACCCUGUGGAUAUGGUGUUCCAUGUUCAACCCUGGAUGUUCCUAUCCUUGCUUCCGUUUACUAUUAUGUUUGAAGGUAUGAACUGCCUUCAGUACAUGUAUGAGUUGCCACCAUCGGAACUGUUGCCAUCAGUGCUGAAGGUAUCUGUGGGAGCCACUAUAGCCUUCGCCAUGGAGAUCAGCGAAUUCCUCGUGGUCACAUACACGUCUAGUCUUACUUUGUCUAUAGCGGGAAUAUUUAAGGAAAUGUGCAUUCUAGUCCUAGCAGUUGAAGUGAGUGGAGAUCUCCUUAGUCCCAUCAAUGUUGUGGGGCUGGCUGUGUGUUUGUUGGGUAUAAGCGGCCACAUAAUCCACAAAAUAUUGGUUAUUAAAUCGGUUACCGGUUCAGUGCGGGCCAUUCACUACAAUAAUAUGAGAAGUCGGCUUGAAAAGUCCAAAGAAGACCAUGGUGAACCUCUGUUAGUAGAUGAUAACAAAUGGCAGAAUGUUGCAAGCGAAGAAAGUGACAUAGACUCCAAUGUUGUCAUAUAUGAAGUACUACAGAGAAGGGAUGGUAGAUAGAAUAAUGUCAAGUUUUUCACUUAUUUUUUACAUCGAUGAAAUUUAUAUAUCUUAUAAGAGAAUAUAUUUUCUCUAAAGGGAAGGGACACAGUAUAUAACACAAUGCAUUUCAACAGCAUCAUUAAUCCUGUUUACAUAUCAAAUAGAAAAAAAUAUUUUUAUACAAAACUUUGAUGCAUACUAAGAAAAAUUCAAUUUCAACAAUUAAAAAUAUGAAUUUUUUACAUAGUAUAUAUUAAAUCAAUUUGAUAUCCAAGCGCCUUACAAUGAUUGACAAGUGAUAUAUUUUAUACAUGAUAUUGUUAUACAGAUGAUACAUUUGAAUUAUAAUAUAUUGAUGUUCAACCAUCAGGAUUUAAACACUUGAUGAUCUCCAUUUGGUAUUAAGAAGUUCUGAGUCUUGUUAGUCAAAUUAUAUAUAACUAACCUCCCACAUUAAACUGAACUGAUUACAUUGAUUACAUAUAUGGAACUUUAAACCAACCCAAAAUGUUGUUAAUUUAAGUAAGAGUUUAUUGUUUUUUUGUUAAAAAUAUUUGUUUUUACAUUCCAUAUAUAUUGAAGUAUUUUUUAAAUUAUUCUAAUUUAUAAUUAGUGUGAAUAUAUUCUAAUUUCGAUAGCAAAUUAAUUCACUUAGAUUAAGUUUUAUUUUGAGAAUAGUUACUUCAUAUAAUGUUAUAAUAUUUAUUGUAGAACCGGAAUUUAACCAGUGGUUUCAUGAAUUGAAGUAUUUCGAAUUAAAUUUACCAGAUAUACAUAACUUAUGACCUGAGAAUGAACGGAAUUGAUUUCAUGUAAAAUAUGAUGUUAUAUCAUAUUUGACACGAGUUCUGCACCAAUACUUACAUGUGAUAGCUAAAUUUCAUCUCUGCAAUUAUCUCGCCUUAGAUGUUAUAAAUUUUUUUAAACAUUUACAGUUUUAUAUAGCGACUGUUUAAAAAUGCAUUGCUUUUUGUAAUCUUAGAAUAUAAUCCAUUAAGUGUCUGUUUGGAAAGUACAUUUCACACAUAACAUAAGGUCUUAUAACAUUUUAGUGUAAUUUAUGAUAAUUAUUUCGAUUAAAUUGUAUGGAUCACAGCCGUUUGAGUGCAUUUUGAGGCGAAAGUAGGUUUUUUUCGUUAACUGCUAUUUAAUUUAAUUUUAAGCUGUUAUUAAAGUAUAGUUAUUUUUACUAUUCCUAUAUAAUUUUUGUCAGCAUAAAAUAGAUUUAAAACUUUAUUAACUAGCAGUAAUAUAGUUAUUUAAUUUUUUAGGUAGACUAAGUUAUGCUAUGUGUUGAAAUGAGCAAAAAAUAUAUAAAUAAUCUCCUUACUUGUCACUUUUAAUUAAACUAUAGGACCAAUAAAAAAACAUAUUAUAAGAUUAAAGUUUUUAAAAAGGAUUUAAAAGAAAAUAAAUGUAAAGAGGAGAAUUGAGAUUGUUACAGAAUAUUGGAUUUGCUUUGCAGUAAUCCGUUCUUCCUCCACUUUGAGACAAUAACAUUGCUUUUCAAAAUAGUACAACCAGUGAAGACUAGAAUUUCCAUUGACUAAAAGUUUGAUACCUAUUUAGUCGCUAGUUUCGAGCUAUUAGGUAGUAUAGAGCGUUCAGACCUCUACAGCUAUUAGGCUGGCCUGUCGACGAUAGUCGAUAAAAAAAUAUUGCAGUUUUGGAAAAAAAUACGAUUUUUUUUUUGAUACGUGCACAUUGCAUUUAACUUUAUAAUCCAUAGCUACGCACAGCGAGCUGCCAAAUUACUGCUUAACGAUUUUUUAAUAAAAAAAAACAACACAAUAUUUUCAUAUAAAUCUUAUAAAUUAAUUAUGUAAUAAUAAUAUGAGUUAUGACGACAACAGAAAAUUAAGCCGAAUAGUUUAUGUAGUGCCGAUCACUGUUGGUUGUAUACUGUUUCAUAAAUAUAAUAUUUUUAUACAUAAAGUAUAUUAACGUUGUGUAACUGUUUUAUAUAUUAAUUUUCUACAAAAUACAAUAUACCAAGGUACGAACGAUGAUCGCCAUUACAUAAAAAUGAUGACGUAGCAUUAUUUAUAUUUAGAAUACAAUAAACGAAAAAGUGCUAAAUCCUUAUUUACCUUAAUCAAAACUGAUCUCAGAUCGUAUCAAAAACGUUGCUUCUUAUAAAUUUAAAGAUAAAGCUUUAUAAUGUAUAUGUUAGGAAAUAAGUAUGGCUAUGUUAAUGUUUCAUGUUGCAUUUUUGUUACUGUAUUUAAUAUUUAGUUUUAUUAAUAAUAAAUUUUAAAAAUAGAAUUCAAAUUGAUUGAUAGUUUUUAGGUUUCCAAAAGAAAAAUUAUUAAAUUAUUCUUAUUUACUAUCACGUUAUGUAAUAAAUGUUUAUUUAAGCAUCAGUCUUAAAAUGGCUAAGAAAUAUUUUUAGAAUAAUAUAAUAUGACAUAUAUUUGAAAUAACGAAACAAUUAUUUUAUGACAACUUAUACAUUUGUCGGUUAAAUCAAUCAAAGUUAUUAUGAAAUUUAUAACAAUUUUACAUGCGACUCCAUCUGUAACUAAAUUACUUAUCUUUUCCUAUAAUAUUUUUAGUAUCUACUUUAAAUGUUGUAUUUCUUCUAGGUGCAUGUUUAUUAAUAUGAUGACUUUUAAUUUUUAAGUAUUAUUCAAAACGUGCACAAUAAUUUUUAAAAUUUUGGCUUGAAAACAACCCAUUUUGUACUGAUGUCUUUUAUAACUCGUGGUAGUUAUACUAUGUAAUUUAGUUACACUAAAUUUAACGAAAAUAGCGAUGUCCUUAGUUAUUCUUCCCAAUUGACAAUCGCUUUCUGAUAAGAAAAAAAUUCUCGUUUAAUUUAAAGGCCUUCCUUUUAAUUAUUAACCUUUGUCUGUAAAAAGAUAUUCCACAAAAAACAUCCAGUCAUGGAGGACGUCUUGGGGAAAAUUCCUAGUGUUUGCCAUUUCUGUUUUUAAACAACACUUACCAAAGAAAUAUUCUUCAGCAUGAUCUUGAAUUAAUUGAAAUGUUUUGAUAACAAUUUCGAAGAGCGAGGAACACUUGUCAAAUAUGUAUUUUAAUUCCAUAAUAAUAAAAUCUCUCAACA